AGUUUCUUCCUUUCUUUUUUAAAAUCUAAACCGCGACUUCUUCUUUUGAGGCAUACUUUAUACCGGCUCUUAGCCUUGUCAGUGUUUAGUUGUUUGUCUCAUCUCUGACCUAUUUGAAUGAAGUCAAAGCUCUGGGUAACAUUUUCAGAGAAAAAGACAUACAAGAGGCUCCUGGGCCUUCUGAACACAAGGAGCCCACAUGAUGGUGCAAGAAGGGCAACCUCAAGGUAGAGAAAGGCGAGUAUGGUGGUACCACGUGAAGAUCUGGUCUGUUGCUGUGAUUUCCAUAGCAUUCCUCAGCGCUUGUUUCAUCGUGAGUUGUGUGGUGACUUAUCAUUUUACAUAUGUAAAAACUGACAAAAGGCUGUCUGAGUUACAUACAUAUCAUGCAAGUCUAACCUGCUUCAAUGAAGGGACAAGGGUGACAGAAAAAGUCUGGGGAUGUUGCCCAAGUACUUGGAAAUCUUUUGGUUCCAGCUGCUACUUCAUUUCUGAUGAAGAAAAUUUUUGGUCUAAGAGUGAGCAGAACUGUGUUCGGAUGGGGGCUCAUUUGGUGGUACUCAACACAAAAGCAGAGCAGGAUUUCAUUGUUCAGCUGCUGAAUGAAUCACUUUCUUAUUUUCUGGGACUCUCAGAUCCACAAGGGAAUGACAGUUGGCAAUGGAUUGAUCAGACACCCUACACGGAAAAUGUCAGAUUAUGGCAUCAGGGUGAGCCCAAUUUUUCUGCAGAGGAAUGUGCUUCAAUAGUUUUCUGGAGUCCUGGAGGAUGGGGCUGGAAUGAUGUUUUCUGCGAUUCUAAAAGAAAUUCAAUAUGUGAGAUGAAGAAGGUUUAUCUAUGAGUUGAACUUUAUUCAUUGUCACAUUUAAAAUGGAGACCUAUCUUAAAAUUAUAAUUUCCUCUUGUAAUUUAUGUAUAUUUCUUUUCAUAGAGGUUCACGGAAAUAUCCAGACGCCUUGCUUCUUUCAGUCAUCCCUCUCAUAGUUUCCUCUUUCCACUAAUAAUUGAGUGAACUCUUCCAUUUUUAAAAAUUUGUUAUGCAUUCUUAACUUUCUUCAUACCUCUUUUCACACACAUUCCUUGGGCAAGAGAUGGUGCUAUUUUGUCU